AAUCAUCGGAAAAAUGAAUUGACACUAUACCAAAAAAUAAAAACUUAUAAAUGAAUUGCUAAAAAUCAAAGACAUAUACCAAACUUUAACCGAACAUUUGAAAAUAAACACACCCCUUCAUUUAAUUGUCCCCUAUACAUAAAAUCUCACACAUACAAUAGAGUCUUCAUAUCCCAUCUAUUUGUUCAAUCCCCUCCAAAAGAUUCUAACGAUGCCAGAAAAUGGUAGUGACAGUCCAAGAAUCUCAUUUUCUAACGAUUUUUGCCAUUCUGAUUCCAUACCAAUCGAGCAGCGUCCGGUACAAAAUCCGUUGGACUUCUCCAACUUUUACUGGGGCUUCCCUUUCGAGUUCUCGGUUUCUCGCGACGUAAUCUCCGGCGAGAGCUCGUGGUCCGCCGAAGACUUCUUUAACGAAGGCAAAAUCCUCCCUACAGAAAUGAAAAAGAUUACGGAGCCAAUAUAUCGUAGUAAAUCCGAUAAAUAUAAAACCGGCUUACCUAGACCGGAUAUUAACCCAAUCGAAGAUUUUGAAAUAGAAGAAAUCGGAGACCAAGAAGACGAGGUGAAGUUGCCAUUACUUGGGUGUAACUCAACCGAUUCGAACUCUAUGAAGCGUCAGGUUUCGUCUUCGUCUUCUUCUUUAAACAGUAGUUUUAUAAAACCGGCAAUGAAGAAGAACCACAUGCAUGUUGGAGGUUACAGUUACAAAGGCAAUGGAGGUGUGGUUAGGGUGAGUUCGUUUCUGGACAUGGUUCCUUCGGGGAAUUUGUUUGGGUUAGGUUCGAUAAAUCUUGAUGGUGGAAAAAACAAGAACAAGUUGAGAUCAAUGUUCUUUUAUUAAUAAGAAUCAUGAGACUUGUUGUGGAGUUCAGUGAUGUAAUGUUUUAUUCUCUACUCUUCUAUGUUUCCUUAAGUUCUGCAUUUCGAACAAAAAGUAUAACAUGUAUGGUGUAUGAUUUCUCUUAAUUAAUACAAAAAUAGUU